ACCGCGCGGUGGGAGCAGCCCCCGGGCCCGCCCGGGUCCUGCUUCGUUGGGGGCCUCGAAAGGGCUCCUCGUUCGGCCCCUGCUGCAUCCUCCCGGCCGGGGCAGCUCCGAAGACGCAGCCUCCUCCCCUCUCCGGGCCGCCUGGUCCGCUGCCCUCCUGGCCGGAGACUUCUUGCUCGCGUCCAGCCUCAGCUUCCCCUGCUGCAGCGCGAGCCCGUUGCUCCUUGCCCUGGCAUCUGCCGCCACUGAGAAAACCAGCGGUGCUCAGCCCUGGACAGCUUGGAGGAGGCGGCCCUUGGAAAACGCCAGCUCGGAGUUUCCAUUCGUUUUUUUGGACCACAGAGCAAGACUCGAGCCGCUUUUUCCAGAGGCAGAGAGCCCAGCCAGACCGCAGCUCUCGCAUGCCUCUUCGCAGCCUCCUGCUUGGGUUCAUCGCGAGUCGUGUUUGCCAACCCGAUGGGGCUGACCCCCCGCAGCCCCCUUGAAAGGCUCUCGAGGCAUCCCCGGUGAACCACGGCUUUAAACUAAAGAGAUUUGGACUCGGUGCGAGCUCAGAGGCUGCCCUUUACUCUAAAAACGAGGGGACUGCAGUUAUUGCAGGCACUUCAGUGUGGGUUUGAGAGACGAUCUGAAUGAUCGCUGCUCACAGCAUGAGCAGCCUCAAGCAUCAUUUAAAAAAAGAAUCGAGAAGAUCUAUUCUCUCUUAAGUCUUUGGAAAAAACUGGAAAGGGCUGUGCUGGCACUCUCAGAAAUGGACAAUCCUGGGCCUCGUGUCCAAGAACUUAGGAAUGACGAGCUGAAAGAGGCUGGGUGCAAAGAAGAGAGCAUGUUAAAGAUAGCAGCUUUCUGGGACCCAUGGGCUCUUUGAGAGAUGAUCAGAGGGAGGCCGGAGGAUCUGCAGAACACACACCGGAGCAUUCCUCAUCCGCAAAGGCAGCAUCAGAGCACUCUCCCUGCCCCAGCAUCAUCCAGGUUACCCACACGCUACCGGGUUUUUCGCAGCUGUGAGUGGGAGGUCCUGGAGCGAUCACUCAAUAUCUUACAGGCCAGCGGCUUCUACUGGGGUCCCUUGUCUGUGAGUGAGGCGCAUGCCAAGCUACAACAGGAGCCAGUGGGGACUUAUUUGGUGCGGGACAGCGCUCAGGGGAACUUUCUAUUCAGCCUGAGUGUUCGGAUGCCGUCGGGCCCAGUCAGCCUCCGGAUUUCUUUCCAGGAGGGCUACUUCUGGCUCAGGGACUGGUCCUCAGACUGCGUUGUUACGCUGCUGGAGAUAGUGGUGGCAGGAACUCGGGCCAACCCUAUCCAUUUUGAUGAGAUGGGGGGAACCCCCCUGGUGUUCGCUGAACCCCUGCGCAGGCCAUGCAGGACUGUGCCCACAUUGCAAGAACUCUGUCGCCAAAGUCUGGCUGCUCACACAGAGACCAGAGAGUGCGCAGGAUAUGCAAGCACAGAGAUGUGUAUAAGGGGGGCAGUUCCUUUUAAUUGUGGGAGGGGGUGGACCAGGGUGCUACCCAGAACCCGAUGCCUACAUGGACAGGGAGAGAAGCGUGUGCAUGUGGCAAACCAAAGUAAGCACCCCUAACAUGGACACAUGAAUUAGAUCCGUGACAUUUUAUGGGAGCGUACUUUCUGCUAGGGGAAAGAUAAAAUCUGCACAUCAGUUAGCGUUUUAUAACCUUUCCCUGUGGUAGAGUAGAACUGCCUCUCAACCACAGGGGGAUCCUCCAGCCCAGCACUUUAUUCCAAUUGUGAUUGCAAUGCAUAAGCUUGAGAAGCAGGAUGAGAUGUCCAUCCUUCCAGUUCACCCUCUUCCUCCUACUUUCCAAAGUGCCUAAGCUAAUUCUUGCUGACCAUCUACCCUCAUGAAAAGGUCCAACUGAAUUUUAUACUUUGACAAGUGUCAGUUCAGUCUGAAUAUGCAUAGAACUCCUACGCUGAUCUGAUACCAAAGCAGCUUGGCUGCAUGUGUGGGAGUGAGACUUCAUGACCAACAGCCUUCCCUUCCCUGCACCACAGAAGCAUAAUACAUGCCAAAAACCUCUCUGAUAUUUGCACUGGAGCAAAGAGUUGUAGGAGUGUACAGUAGAUACAAGGUUCCUCCAGCUUCUGCAUUGUUUUAUUGGAAGCUGGACUGCAGGGCUUCAUUUCUUUUGAGUGUAGGUGGGAUGUAUUCUACUUGGACCAUAUUAUAUUUCUAUCAGCCAAAUCUUGGUUUGUAGAAGUCCUGCUUGUUGGAUUAUAUGGGAAGAUGUGCUUAAAGCACCAUCUUGUAUACUCUUCUGGUGGUAUACUGCUGCCCUCUGCAGGCUGUAAAAGAACGCUCUCAGGGUUUAGGCUUUUGUCUUCGAGGCAGAGGAAAGGGCCUUAUAAAAAACAAUAAAUAAAUAAAAUAGUAUGAAGGUGUUUUUUUUUAAAGUCCUUUUCCAAAACAACAGGGCUCCCAGCGAAUGUAAGCAUUCCCUGCAGUGUUGGAAGCGCAAAGCUGCUAGCAUGCAAGAAUCAGAGUUAAGUUGAUUAACUUGAGUUUUACUGUCAAGGCCAGUUUGAACACGCAAAUUGGCAUUGAUUUGAGAGAAGUGAAUUUACUUUUUAUUUUUCAGUGGAAUAAUCAAAGGUGUUUUUCAAAACACAGGUACUAGAGGGGAGGGUGUUUUCUUAAUAUGAUAGGUCCUCCAUUUUGAACCGUUGUUUACUGCACUGAAAGGCAAGCCAGGUGCUUGAUGGAACAGCUAGUGGGGAAUGCUGCAAAGUGUCUGCAGUAUAGAAACAUGGUAACAUAACUGAUGAGGGUGAAAGAGAACUACAAAAAUAUAUAUUGUAUAGAAGCUUGGUUCAUAUCAGUGAUAUCAGAUUUAAGUUAUGCCUCUGAAAUAUGCAUGGACUUAACCAGGAGUGUCCAGAGAUGAGGAAUAUUUUCUUCCAAGUAGCUAGAAAAGGUCCUUCCCCUUCCUCCCCCACCCCUCUCCCCAGUGUUGUUAUAACUAGUGGUUCAACUCUUGGGCUUCUGAUCACUUCAGAGUGAAUAGUGGCCUGCAGGCCCCCUCCCUCCCAUUUUGUUUUGUUUUUUUAAACCUGUGAAAUUAGUACAGGGGUGGGCAAUUAUUUUGGCUAGAGAGCCACUUAAUGAGUUUUGGUGUCCUCUUGAGGGCCACACUUAACCCACCCAGAGCUGUAGCACACUCCAAUCCCUUCCCCAACCCAGAACCUGCUAGCUGUGCCCACAGUUUAUGCCACCACCCACCUGGUGUGGAAGCAGCUCCUGAUGGGUGCUGGCAUCAGCUGUGGACAUUGCUGGCUGGUUCUGGGUGGGGAUCAGGGCAUCUACCAGGUCCACAGCUGACUCUGUUGUAUCGGCGCUGGGCGGAAGCAGUCCUACCUGCCCACCUGGCAUGAUGGAAACAGCCCCAACUGUCUGGCAUCAGGUAGAUCACAGGCUGGAUCCCAUGAAUUGAUGGCUGGCCACUCAUGGGCCAGAUAUCAGUUGGCGGGCUGGAUCUGGCCUGCAGGCCAUAUGUUGCCCAACCCUGAAUUAGAAUGUCCUGUUUGUCAACAGCACAACCAAAGCAUCUAGGCUAUGGGAGGGGACUGGCUGCAAAACAGAUGGCCAGGAAGCUAGACUAGCAGGAUACCACUGCAGUCAUAUUUUGUGCCUUUUGCAGAACUCCUAGGCCUGUAAUGCUAGCAUGUUAGGGGGGCCUUGGGCAACACGUCCACAGCAGGAGCACUUCACUGGUGUUUUAUGCCAGCAAAAUCCUCCUAAUACAGAUGCAGCUGUACUGGCAAAGUUGCACUUUUUUUACUGAUAAAGGAAGACAAACCACCUCCUACAAACAAAAUGGUUAAUACUGGUAAGAGUGCAGUUUCUUUGGUUUCACUGUGUCCUCAUUAGAGGCCACUGAUAGCUCAGCUUUGUCUGGAAAUCUCACCUCUAGACGAUUUGAAAUCUGUAGCGUCACCCUGGCCUCGGGCACUUUCUGAACAACUCCCUGACCUAUGGAUGCCACACUGCUCCGUUUUGUGCUGUACAUUCCCCCACACUCCUCACUUCCCUUAAAGACAGAUAGUAAAUAGUCCUCCCUGCCUGCACGGCAUUUCACUCCCUUCCUUUUUUGCCCACCACAAAUACAGCGCUUGAGGUAUGCAGCUGCAUUUCUCAGUCAGGAACUGACUGACUUCUUUCCAGUUAGUAACUAAGCACAGGAAUGCUUCUGUUUUUAUGAUGGUGGUUAUACCAUACGGGGGAAGAGCCAUCCAACUGGAUUGCUUUGACCUGUCUGUGAACUGUUCUUACUUUAGUUUUAAAACAAGCACGUUGGGUUUGUGCAGCUAAUAGCACUGGAACCAUUCCACUGUUAAUGGUCAGGGUUGCCCUCUCUGAAAAUACACUAACAGGGAAGAAAAUAUUUUAGCUUUUAAUAAAGUGAUGUUUUUGUAUUCUUUCUCUUGUUUUUGUGCUUGAAACUAAAAUUGUGCAGCAUGCCUUCAUCUCUGUAUCACAAAUAACUUAACUUAAUUCCUGUAUAUCCCCUAGUAAAUUGGCUUGAAUUCUGUGGGUAAAAAGCAACUUGUCAGAGCUAAGUAUUGUUUUGUAGCUAAAGCUUAAAAUGAGAGAGCUGUUUGUGUUUGGCCCUGAUAAUAUGAAGGAAAAAGUAAAUUGAAUUGGAUGAUGGAGUGAAGAAAUCCAUUUUGGGAGAACUAAGAUGUGAAGAACGUGUUGCAAAACCUUUUGAUUCCAAGUUGUCAGUGAUUGUUCCUUUUUUUUUUCAGAAUUAUGGGGAGGAAAAAAAAAAACUAUGGGAGAAACAUGGACUACAUGUAUAAAAACACAGUUGUUUACUGAUGGGAGGAUUUAAACUUUUGUUUCUGUAAACCUAGUUUUGUUUUGCUGCUGUUAUUCAGUGGGAGAUAUUUUGCUAAAGCAACCUGCAUGUAUAUAUGUCCCCUUUCCAUGAAGGAGAAGCUCCUUCUGGCAUGUCCCAAAGUACUUCUUUGGUGGCUGGUAAGAGUGUGUUAUUUUUUGAGUGUCUUUACUCUGUGCCCCCGGUGCACUAUUUGGGGAAUAGGAAAACAUGUUUGCAUCAUAACAAGGUUGGUUAUGAGUCUUGACUGGCUCACUUCACUCUGAAGAAAUUAUACAAGUGCACAUACAGAUUUUUACAAUGUUCUUGCUAACAGCAAAACUUGAAAAGUUGUUUAGUCUCGUGAGAGAGGCUCUGCCUAUCAGGCCUUGAAGUGAUGGAAAUUGAGUCCCAACAUGCCACAGGCACAACACAGGAAAUGGGAAGUUUUAAUCUGACUCUCACUAACCCCCUUUUAACAAUGCUCUCGAGUCUCGCUGGUUAAUUUUCCCAGAAUCCUUGCUUAAAACUUCAUAAGUUAAUAGCUUCCUUAUGUAUGCAUGUGUGUGUGCACAAUAGGGGCCCUGCGGCUGAUGGAUCUUGUAAUAUAUGACUACCUCCGAUUUAAAAAAAAAAAAAAAAAAGUCUGUAUUCCAUUAUGAUUCUGCUUCAUCAGACUAGAAGCCAUCUAAAAGUGCAGACAUGUGUGAAUGCACUUCAAAAACUGCAUGAUAUUUGGGCCUGUUGGAUGCUUGCAACUGGACUUCUUUUAAGCAACUAGGUUUUGAAAUACAACUUCCUUAUGAUCUCUGACCUUAAUGUUUAUCAAAACCUAUGUUUUUGCAUGACUCACUUUUGGUAACUUUGCAGAAUGGUUCAUUUACAAAGCUAAAUUCAAGUUACUGGAAUGUAUUGACUCGUUCAGUUGUGCACCUGCAUGCCAAAUCUUUGGGUAUUUAGCUUUGUUAGUGUUCUGUAAUCCUAUACGUAGGUUGGAACAGAAUUUUCUGUUUUUGCUAUGCUAUUGCCUACUGAAGGAAGAGGGAAUAGGGGCUGGGGGGGUAUGUGGAAAGGGGAAAGGUGUAAAGAUAGUGCAGUAGUGUAAAGAUGGGUGGGUGAGCAGGGCACGAGCUCCAGGCACUGUCUAAUGGGGGUGGUAUUGGAAUAAAGUUAAAUGGUUCCUUUCCAUCCUCAUUUGCCCUCAUGUCCCUCACACCUUCCCUGCAGUGGCUUCAGCUCUGUUUCUGACAAUGGGGUGGGGAGGGCAGAGAAGCAGCAACACGCGCUGCAGGAGCUGCACCCAGAGGUUUGCUACUGCUGGGGGGAGAUGUCGCCUCCUUUACUGUCAAAAACAGUUUUUCAGCUUCUUGAUGCAGUAAAAAAGGAGGUGACAUCUCGCCCAGCAACAACAAACUACACAUGCAGCUCCUGCACUGCCGCUGCUGCUCUGCCAUUCCCAGUGCUGGAGCCAGAGCUGCUGAAAGGAGGGCACGUGGUGUGUGGGAGGGGUGCAAUACUGGGCAAUUCCACCUCUGAACAACAGAGCCAUUCUCUAACUUGUGAUCCCCUUGCAUAGAAUUCUCUGGGCUACAGUACGCUCAGGGUAUGACUGCACAAGCAAGAGACUGCAAAGCAAGUCAUCUUACAUCUAUUCCACAAAAACUCCCUGUGUGCACACACUCGCUAUACAAUAUGUACAGAGGAGUUUACCCUACUUUCAUUGCCAAGCAAACAGUCUUGCACUUAUUGCAGGGUAAGAGUAUGCACAGAGACACAGUUACCACAGAAUAACUGAUGUCCUUCAAAUGAAUAUUCUAGCUUGCUUCAUGGGAACUUGUCAGUGUAGCCAUACCUUCACUCGUGUACCAGUAGCAAUCUAGGUACAGCAGCCUUAGAGGUCAGCAUGGGCUAACUUACUCAGGUUCUCCACAGGAUAGAGCUCCUUGCUUGGAUGACUGGACUGCUACUGAGCUAGCCUGGGGUUCUCUAUUUGUGUGACUGCAGUGUAGACCAGUGCUUCUCAGCCAUGGCGCUGUAGCACCAUUGGGUGCUUUCAGGUUCUUUCAAGGGUGUCACAGGUUUGCACACGCUAGGUGUGCAAACAUGAUUCACAAGAUUAACCUAGAGAUUUCAUAUAGUUAUCCAUAGUGGUAAUAACAUUCUGACCUGUUGUGGUCUUUCUGAAUUAUUUGCAAAUUGCUCAUGUUUUUCUGUAGUCCCAAAUGAGUGGAAACUUAAGAACUGGUGUUUCCCAACUGGCCUUGAGUCUAAGGAAGAGUGUGUCAAGUCUAAAAAAGGUUGUAAGCCACUGAUUUAUCCAUACCCUGCAUUGUUGAUUUGAUCGCAGCCCCCAAGGUCUGCACAGACCAGGAGUUGUUAACCUGUUGGCAACGUAGCAACUUUUCUAGUAGUUAAGGGUAAAGAAAAAAUGUAUUAUUGAGGGUAAGUAAAUGAAAUUUAGACAAGGACAACGGGGGUGGCUUGGCAACUCCAAGAACAGCACUGAGCUACACAGGUCAGAGGGAAGGAGAAUAGAGCUAAUUGAUAUCAGCCAACCUAGUAAGCUAUACCAGUGUUUUUCAACUUGUGGUCUGCAGACAUGUCUAUGGGGUCUGCAAUAGAUGACUAUGAUCAAUCAAAAGUAUGUGAAUACCCAGUUAAAAUUCAAAGGAGUCUGCAUUCCAUUUGAAAUUUCCAAAGGGGUCCACAAAUGAAAAAAGGUUGAAAACCACUGAGCUAGUCAGUUGACAAGAGAUAAGUGAGGAGGAAGUGGCACAUGUCAUUGGAGCAUGCUCAGAUUACCAUUACAUGUAUCCACCCCAAAACAGUGUGCUUUCUCUUGGCAACUUGCCACCCAGAACAAUAUCUUAAAAGACAAUAGUGUGAAUCUUGGCUUGAUCCAAAUCCUGUUGACUUCAGUAGGCUUUGACUCUGGCCUAUUGUUCCAUAAAACUGGAGUUGUACAAACUGGGUUUUCCACAGUAAGUUUACAUGAAACAAGUACCUGCUCCCACUGGCUUGCAUGGCAGUUCACAGCCUUGGAACUUACUGCCCUUACCAGGCUGUUCCCUACUGGCUAGAAGGAUUGGGGAAACUGGAGUAAAACAUUUUGGGACAUUCAAAUCUUCAGAAGUGCCUAAAUGACUUAUUCCCAAUGGAUUUGCCAGCCUUGUUAGUUACAUUAGGGAAGACUUGGGCUCUCAAAUUAGAGAACUAAGCGGAAAACUAUUAAGUAUAAUACUUGAAAACAGAAUAGAUGAAAUGCAGGGAAACACCUUCAGAUGACUGCAGCAAGAAUUAAUUAUAAUUACUCAAGAGAAUGAGUCCAUGGUUUGAAAAACUGGCAGUCACACUUUCUAGUCAGGCAACUGAAUUUUGGAACUUUACCUGCCCCUGCCAAGGGAAUAGAUGUCUCCUGCUUCCUUCCCCAACCUGCAUGCAUCAUAGAAAAAUCAAUCUAACAGAUACUUACUGAACCUAAUCUUGAUAGUUCCAGUUAGAAACAAGGAUCAAAUAAUUCAACUGAGACUACAAUCUCCUGGACCCUGGCCCUGUUUUGGUGCUGAAGCACUGUGUGUGGGGGAAGGGAGGAAUUGCAUUGCUGUGUGUAAGCUAAAACUGCCUUGUGUUGUGCUAUAUAUACCUGGCUGGGCAAUGGAAGUGGCUCCAGCAGUAAUUCCCAUAAUAAAUUAGUACACCUAGGUUAGUAUUUCCUUUUAUUAAAGAAAAAGGAUUGCUGCAGCUUGUACCUAUCUUUUUAUAUGGAUGAAAUCUAAAAGGAAACAUUCCUGUGAUGUAAGCUAUUGGUUGAUGAUAACUGCUCUAAAAGCUGGACCAGAUACAGUUCAGUUUGUAUAAACUGUAUUUUAUAUAUCUUGUUUUUUAAAAAGGAAAAAAUAAAAUACCCUACUUCUCAUAUGAAGAA